GAGAAAAAGAGAAACGUAAUAAAUAAUAAUUUACACUGUUGAAGAGAGACUCAAAAGGACUUGAAUAUUGAAAAAUCCCCAACUCUUUCACGAUUUUUUCGCUUUCUUCCGAGAAUCUCAUUUCCACAAUGUCGGUAACGGCUGCUUUCAUUGAUUCGGAUCAAACUCAGCACAACAUUCUAAUGGAUUCACAGACAACUGUCUCCGGUGUGAAAACUGUCAAGAUUAGCAAUGUUUCACUUCUUGUUUCUAAGAAAGAUAUCAAAGAGUUCUUUUCUUUCUCUGGUGACAUUCAAUACGUGGAGAUGCGAAGUGAGACACAAGAAUCUCAGGUUGCUUAUGUUACUUUUAAGGAUCCACAAGGGGCAGAAACUGCAAUGCUAUUAACGGGAGCUGUCAUUGCAGAUCAUCGUGUUAGUAUUACUCCUGCUGUGAACUACGAGCUGCCACCAGAAGCCCUUGCACUUGAAUCGGAAAAUUCGUUUAACGGUUUUUCUGUCAAGAAAGCUGAAGAUGUGGUGAACAUCAUGGUGGGAAGGGGUUAUGCUCUUGGAAAAGAUGCCAUGGAGAAAGCCAAAGCAUUUGACGACAGACACAAUUUGAUCUCAAAUGCUUCAGCAACCAUUGCCUCGCUUGACGAUAAGAUGGGUCUGAGCGAGAAGCUAAGCAUAGGAACAACUGUGGUGAAUGAGAAGUUGAGAGAUAUUGAUGAGCGAUAUCAAGUGAGGGAGAUAACGAAAUCUGCUUUAGCAGCUGCUGAAGAGACGGCAAUCAGCGCAAGAACAGCUUUAAUGGCAAACCCCUAUGUCUCUAGUGGAGCUUCAUGGUUUUCAAAUGCGUUUGGUGCAGUGACAAAAGCGGUGAAAGAGAGAGCUGAGAAUGGAGGUGAGGGAAGACAGGAGAUUAUCCAACUUGAUCCAUCUUCACCUAAAGAUCCUGCUGUAGUUCCUGUUAAGCUUGGUUGAUGCAGAUUCUCACCGAAUCAAGUUCCUAAAUUUGCAUCUCAACUCAAUUCUUUGAUAGGUUUCUUGUUCAUAGUUAUAUAUGCUUUCAUUUACUAAAGAAAAGAUUAAAAAGACAUAAAACCAGAAAAGGUGUUGUUACAUCCAGA